AUAACUUGCAAGCUUAUCUCACAUUUUUAAAACAGUUCAGUCAAGAUUAUAUGCGCCAAAAUAUCAUACAUGCAAGCCAAGAUGACCAUGGAGACGGAGUAUACAGUGGAUGAAGUUGCUCAGCAUAUGGAACCUAACGACGUAUGGAUGGUUAUCCACGAUGAAGUAUACGAUGUGACUAAAUAUCUUUUGGAUCAUCCGGGAGGAAUUGAAGUCCUCAUAGAAGCAGCCGGCACCGAUGCAAGUGAUUCAUUUGACAAUGCUGGUCACUCAGAUGAUGCUUUCGACCUGAUGGUUCCUUUCCGUAUCGGAAGAGUACAAAACAGUGCGAACAAGAAGUCAAAGAUACCUACGGCUAUGAAACCUCCUACCGAGAAAUUUAAUUCUUCCAGAGAUUACCCCAACCCAAACAGGAUAACAUUGACGUGUCUUUCGUUGGGCAUUGCAGCAACAUCGUAUGGUGUUUUGAAGUAUAAAUGUGGCAUUUCAGCAUUUACACCGUCAAAAAUGCCUCAGAUGAAUACCUUAAUGCACGUUCUCUCGACCCUGGCUAUGCCGAUAACUUCUUCACCAUCUACCGCCACCGGCUACCUGAAGGGGCUGCUGGGAAGCUCAUGCAUCCUGAUGGGUUGUACAGCACUGGCAAUAAAAAAGUCCUUCAGCAUUAUUAUGAAUGAUACGAGCUUUAGAAAACUUCCACCUCACUUAAAAUUGCCAAAACCAGUCGAACGGGAUCCUUUACUUCAAAGAGGCUGGUUGGAUUCAGUCUCGUCUCCAGUACCUCUGACUAAGAAGAUACUUAUUGCACCGAAUGUAUACCGGCUGGUUUUUUCUCUGCCACACCAACAAGUAAUGUUGGGGCUGCCAACUGGUCAACACAUCACAAUUACUGCGACUGUUGGCGGAGAAAAGGUGACAAGGUCCUAUACUCCAGUAUCCAAUAACUUGGACUAUGGAAUUCUGGAAUUGGUGGUAAAGAUGUAUCCAGGCGGCAAGUUGACUGGUGGAUAUCUUGCCAACCUCCAAGUUGGGGACAAGAUCCAUUUACAAGGUCCUAAAGGAGCAAUGCGCUACUCUUACGGGCUUUGUAAGAAAAUUGGAAUGCUGGCCGGCGGCACGGGCAUAACACCCAUGUUCCAACUCAUUCGAGCAAUUUGUGAGAACAAUCGCGAUACGACAGAAAUAAGCUUGGUAUAUGCCAGCCAAACAGAGGAUGACAUUCUACUCAAAGAAGAGCUGGAUAAUUUUUCGCAGCUAUAUCCGAAUCUGUUCAAAGUCUUCUAUGUUGUUGAGCGGCCAUCGCCAACUUGGGAAUCUGGGGUUGGCUACAUAACGAAAGAUGUAGCGGCACAAAGGCUACCACUCCCAGGGACUGACGUCAAAAUCAUGGUUUGCGGGCCAGCCGGUAUGGUCAGUUCGGCAAAGAAAUUCCUCAAGGAGUUGGGAUAUGAGACUCCGGGUGCAAGCCCGAAGAUGAGUGAUCAGGUGUUCAUUUUCUAAAAAUGUGUGGCGAGAUUAUAAUUUAUUCACCUAAAUGGUCAUAUGCUAGAUAUUUCUAUAUUUGCUCUACAAAUCAGAGUCUACAUGUUGCCUAUUAG